AAUCAAGUUCAAUCUCUUCGAAAUAAUAUACAAAAAGUUGAGUUUACAAUUGUAACUCAGUGAAAGUAAACAAUGUCUGACGAUGAGUCAAUUGAUGUAGCACCUGAAGGUGGUGAAGGAAAAGAAAUAUACCCUUAUGGGGAAUACGAAGGUGGAAGAGAUGAUCAUCUGAACAGGCAUGGCUUCGGAAGUGCUUUAUUACCAAAUAGUGAUAUUUAUGAAGGAAGUUACAUCCAUGGCAAACGACAUGGUCUCGGUCUAUACUGUUUUAAGAAUGGUGCAAGAUAUUAUGGUGAAUGGAAAAAAGGUCUCAAACACGGACACGGUGUUCUUUACUAUCCAGAUGGCUCGAAAUAUGUUGGGUUGUGGCGAAAAGACCUAAAACAUGGCCACGGUUUUUAUUAUUAUGCGAAUGGUGAUAUCUAUGAAGGCAAUUAUUAUAAGAAUCAACGUUGUGGAUUGGGAAGCUAUAAAUAUACGGAAAAUAAUGUCAUUGCUUAUGGGGUUUGGAAAGAUGGACAAAUGAAUGGAUCUGGUGUGAUUCGAUACCUACCAUAUCGUUUCCAUGGAUACUUCGAGAAAAAUCUUCCCAAAGGACCAGGAUGUUUCACUUUCGAUGGCAAAUAUAUUUUGCACGGUUUUUACGUCAACCUUAGAGAUCCAGCGUUUGAUUAUGUGAGCAACGAUGUCUUGGAUUUGGAAGGAGGAGAUACAGAAGAGAAUAAAAUCAGCACAGAGCAACCAAAAGGUAUCGUUCCAAUUUGGAGAUCAAGAAAUAUCACUGAAUACAAAGAAGAACUUCUACCUUCAGAACCUUUAGACUUCCCUCGUCCUGAAUCUUUGGAUUCAGUGAUGGACAUCAUUGAAUAUUUGCAAAAGCAAUAUGGACGGGAACAAGCGAUGCCGAUGGAAGAAGAAAUGGAUGAACACAGACAGACAACUACACCAGUGCCUACAGAUCUGAUGCUAGAUGAUGAAACUGCUGCUGUACAACCCGGAAAUAUAGAUGUUUAAUAGUGCUGUUUGAAUUUUCGUUGUUCUACAUUCAAUUAAAAAUUUGUAAAUUGUAAAGAAAUAUAUUUU